UCUUCUUUUGAGCUCCUCUGAGACUCCUCCCUGUAACAAAUCAAGUAGUGAUAACAUUUAAGAAAAAGACACCGAGACCUUCAAAACAGAUUUCAGCCAGGGGAUUUGACAUGAUCAGAGAGAUGAACAUGGAGGAGGACACCCUAUCUGUCAGUUGUGGGAAUGGCAAACUUAGACAGUGGCUCAUUGAUCAGAUUGACAGUAGGAGAUAUGCUGGCCUGGUUUGGGAAAAUGAUGAAAAAACCAUCUUUAGAAUUCCUUGGAAACACGCGGGCAAACAAGACUACAACAGAGAGGAGGAUGCUGCACUCUUCAAGGCAUGGGCAUUGUUUAAAGGGAAAUACAAGGAAGGUGUGGACAAACCUGAUCCGCCAACAUGGAAAACCAGAUUACGCUGCGCUCUUAAUAAAAGCAAUGACUUUGACGAGUUAGUGGACAGAAGUCAACUGGACAUCUCAGAGCCCUACAAAGUGUACAGAAUCAUUCCAGAGGGAGCCAAAAAAGGAAUGAAGAUGAGUAUGGAGGACACACCUUCACAUCUUGGAUAUGCUUCGCCAUAUUCAUCUUUGCACAACCAGGUACCAAGUUAUAUGGUUACUCAAGAACGAAGAGAGUGGAGGGAUUACUCAUCACCAGAACAACAGUCUCUUCCUCCUUCACAUCACCAUGGACCCCAUCCAGAACUGCAGUACGGCCAGUGCCACUACCCUUCGCCAAUCAGCCGGGCAUGGGCUGGGUCGCACCCUGAAAAUGGGUUUCAGCUCUCCUUCCACACCUAUCUGUCAGAGUCUCAACCAUCUGUGUAUACGAUGGACCACAGCAGUCCCAUAACAGACUUGAGCCUGCAUGUGUCCCUGUUCUACAGAGAGUCUUUAGUUAAGGAGGUGACCACCACCAGCUCUGAAGGUUGUCGGAUCACCUCAUCUUCUUCUUCUUCCCCAUCGUCUUCCUCCUCAUCUUCCCCGUGCCCAGAGGACAGGCAUCCCAUGGGGCCAGAAAUCAUCCUUUUUCCUUUCCCUUUCCCUGAGUCUCACAGGCAGGGUGCUGAGAUGCUCCCGAACAUACUGGAGAAGGGGGUGCUUUUGUGGAUGGCAUCUGAUGGGAUGUACGCUAAACGCCUCUGCCAGGGACGGGUGUACUGGGAAGGACCUCUGGCUCCAUACAUGGAUAAGCCGAACAAGCUGGAGAAAGACCAGCCAUGCAAACUUUUCGAUACUCAGCAGUUCCUCAUUGAGCUUCAAGAGUUUGCCCAUAAUGGCCGACAUCUGCCAAGACACCAAAUAGUGCUUUGUUUUGGAGAUGAAUACCCUGAUCCACAGCGCACGAGGAAGAUGAUCACAGCACAGGUGGAGCCGGUGUUUGCCAGAAAACUGAUGUACUAUUAUCAGCAGAACAAUGGGCACUACCUGCGGGCCUAUGAUCACAUCCAGGAACAGAACACCUCUCCAGUCAUUGACUAUCCUCCUCAGAGACCUCUACAGCAUAUUCAGGAGUGACAACCACACACACAUACACACAUGCAUGCAUGAGGGCAUGAGUGUGAAUGUAAACAACUCACCGUUUCUAAAGCCUUAUGAUUGCAGUCCUGUUCAACUGCUGUGAGAAUUGUAAUGGUGUUGAGGGAUAGAGAUGGGGAAGACCCUGUGUUUUCACUUGCACACCUAUGAGUCUAAGUGUUUGUGUCUCUGACUGUGGAGUAAUGUGUUUUUUUUUUUCUCUCUGCAAGUAUUAUUGUGACAGCGUGAAGGAUGCGGUUUGAGGGUGGGGGGAUGAGGGUAGGCAGAGGGCGACUGACAGGAAGUACUAGCACAGGUGCACAGGAAGAAUGGCCCCUAAGACAAACACUGAUACGUCAAACAGAUUAGAAAAAAUUAGUAUGAAUGAGUACUUACAGUAUUUUCACAGGUAAAAGUUUCAUUCUUACUUAUACACACAAGUCAAACUAAUGGCGAUGACGGACCUCUCCCCCCAAACUGAUUAGAAAAAGAAAGAUAUGAUAAACAAGGUGAAAAAAAAAAUUCCUUUUUCAGCAUGUUUUAGAGUUCAGUUCUAGACUCUUGACCAACGAAAGGUGAAUGCAAAAGAAACUGAUGCCAACACUGAUCUGGAUUUUUAGAAGAGGACACAUUUAUCACAAAAUCAGGUGCUACAUGAUUUGCACAUCUACUGGAUUUGAAGCUAAUCUGGUCCUUUACUAAUAUUUGAUCUGUAGUAUAAUGACUGUACAGUACAGUAUAGGCCAGUACUGCAUUGCAUCCUUUUACUGGAGUCACUGGAAAGAUUUACUUUAAUUGGCGACCUGGACCUGCAGGAACUGAACUGGAAAAAUCACACUCAUCCCGUAACCUGCAGAGAAACUAAACCUGUUCCUCUUAACCUGAAACUAGUGGCCCCACAAAUAGGAAGGAAAACUACCUUUUAGGUCAGUGUGCCGGUUCGGGCAGGGAGGAGCUGUUUAGUUCCCAAGCCUGAGAUACCGUCCACAUUCAAGUGCCAGGUUUGACAUCCAUAUCGAAGCCAACCAAAGAGCCCAACAACAUGUCUGUUACAGUGUCUAGUGUACAAAGACUCAAAAUAUUGCAGUGAGAAUAAUGAAAUUCCAUGUUCUGCUCAAGUCCUGGAGGGUGAUGCUGCGAAGGAGGGGAUGAAGAUUAUGUUAUGUUUUUCAUCUGUGGUCCAGAGUUUCGAUCUCUGCAUUUACUUCCUUCACACUUAAACCACAUCACUUUCACAAUGUCUUUAAAAGUCUGACCAAAAUCACAGGCAGGAAUGACUUUUUCUUUUCUUUUUUUAUAUAUAUAUGUACUGUAAAUCUUUUUGCCUCGAACCUUCCAUUUUAUUUUGCAUUUCUUUACAGUCACACAUGUAACUCAUUCAAAAUGACAUCUCAAACAAAAAUCCUUCCCAAUAUGCACAUACACAUCCUGUGCGUGAGUAUAUUGUAAAGGGCCUCAUGUGUGCACAUGUGUAGGUGUGUACAUGUGUGUGUCACACAGUUGUGGUAUGACUGUUAUCAGGAUUUGACAUUUAUGGACUCAGGAUAAAACAUGUGACUCCCCCACCUACAUUGUCAGUGACUCAAACUUGGACCAAAGAUGAAAAAAAAAAUCACAUCACAUUUCACAGUUACAGUAAAAUGCUGACAUAAAGUUGAAGAGGAAAU